AUGGGGGAGCUAUCGGUCUUUUCAUGGGUGUUGCCCAUGUUGACUGCCCUGCUGACUGCUUCAUCUGCCUCCUGGGCUCAGAGUCUGGUGAAACUCAACACUGGGGUCCAGGUGAGCAGGGGACAGUCAGUGUAUGUGACAGACAAGGAGCUGCAGUUCAGCAUCCCGGAUGAGCAGGAUACUUGUAAGGUGGAGGUAGUGUUGACUGAGCCGGUAACUCAAAGAGUGGGGAAACUCACACCUCAGAUGUUCAAUUGCCAUUUCUUACCUGAUGAGGUGAAGUACAUCCAUAAUGGCAGUCCUAUGCUGGAGGAGGACACAGUCAUGCUGAGAGUCUACAGGUUUACAGAUUCUGAGACCUUCAUAGAGAACCUUCUUCUAAGAGUGAGGGUGGUGGAACCCCAAAACAGUCUUGUCCAGUUUGGGAGUGUGCCGCUGGUGGUGCCCGAAUUCUACGGCCUGUCCAAUGCCAUUGACAGCAGAGUUCUAACGUUCCAGAGCCGACCUGAAGUGAUCUGCACUGUUCGGCUUCUCACCUCUGAGACCAAGGUACCGGCAGCGGGGCAGCUGGUCACAGAGGACCCUUCUAAGACGCCUCCAACAAAAGAAGUGGAACAGCCAUCUGUACCAGCCUCGGGUCCAAGAAAAGGAAGGCAAACAGUCCCUUGUCCUGGGAACAAGGCCUGCGCCCAUGGCACUAAGGAAGUGCGUUUCCUGAAAGCAAACUGUGAAGAAUUCCUCACCUCGGCUCUGAAGUAUCAGCAUUUAAGCCCUCCUUCACCUGAAAUUGACUAUGUUCCAAUCAGGGUGGAGUUACGAGACCACAGCUCCCGAGCACUUCUGGAGAUGGAAAGCGUUUGGAUCCCAGUGUUGAUUCACGGUGCGAUGCAGAACCAGCCCCCCCACGCUGCCUUCAUGUCCAUGUUCAUCCUGGAGGUGGACCAGUUCAUCCUCACUCCCUUGACCACGGCUGCACUGGACGCGAAGGACGACGAGACCCCCCAGGCACAGCUUGUCUUCAGUUUGACCAAGCCCCCAUCCGAGGGCUACAUCACCCACCUGGAUGAUCACACCAAGCCCACCACCUCCUUUACCUGGCAGGAUCUCAAUGAGAUGAAGAUCGCUUACCAGCCCCCCAACAGCAGCUAUGCUGGUAGGAGGACCUAUGAGGUGGAGUUUCAGGCCAUUGACAGCUCCUUUGCAACUAGUCCACCCAUAAUGGUUCACUUUUCAAUCCGGACUGCAGAAACAAAUGCCCCUCGCGUCUCCUGGAACAUGGGGCUGGAUCUGUUAGAGGGUCAAUCCCGACCAAUCACCUGGGAGAAUUUACAGAUCGUGGAUAAUGACAACAUCGAGGCGGUCUACCUGGUGGCUGUGGAUGGCCCUCAGCACGGGCGGCUUAGCGUUCGAGGUGGGAAAGGCUUCAUGUUCAAGGUGCGAGACCUGCGGGAGGGCGUGGUGGUGUACCAUCACUCGGACAGCGACACCACCAGGGACUACAUCGUGUUCAGGAUCACCGAUGGCCGACACAGCAUCCGACAUAAGUUCCCCAUCAACAUCCUCCCCAAAGACGACACCCCUCCCUUCCUGAUCAACAAUGUGGCCUUUGAGGUGGAGGAAGGGGGCUCCGUGCUGGUGGAGGAGUACAUGCUGCUCGCGUCGGACCUCGACUCCAGUGAUGACUACAUCGUGUACCAGCUUGUGACGCUCCCUCGGGCGGGAGAGAUCAUCAAGAGGUCAUCUUCUCAGCAAACCGGUGUGCCAGUGAAGAGUUUCCUGCAGAGGGAUCUAUUCCAGGGCCUUAUCUACUACCGACAUCUUGGGGAGGAGGUGUUUGAGGACUCAUUUGACUUCACCCUCUCUGACAGUCACCAGCCCCCAAACCUGUCCCACAGACAUACUGUGGUCAUCCAUGUGUCUCCAGUGAAGGACCAGCUGCCAGUGGAGGUCUCGGGCAGCGUUCGCUCCAUCACCGUCAAGGAGACAGAGAUCGUCCACCUCACCCAGGGCCAGCUGCACUUCAGAGACACAGAGUCUCCUGAUACGGAUCUCAUGUACUUCAUAACCCAGCCAUGCUUCAGCCCCACCGCCAUAGGUUUACAAGAUGCUGGCAGGCUAUUCUACACUGACAGUACGUCCUCCAUGGCAAAGGACCCCACUGUCCCAGUGCUGAAGUCCUUUACACAGCAUGCAGUGAACCACCUCAAAGUGGGUUAUAUGCCCCCUCUGGAGGACAUUGGCCCAGAUCCCGUCUUUGUCCAGUUUGUCUUCUCUGUGAGUGAUCAACAGGGCGGCACUCUCAGCGGACUCAUCUUUAAUAUCACAGUCACUCCAGUGGACAACCAGUCACCUGAGAUAUUCACCAACGCGCUGCGGGUGGAGGAAGGAGGAGGGGCCUUUCUGACGGAGGAGCACCUGCUGGUGCGGGAUACCGACACCCGGGAGGCUCAGCUCAGGGUGCGGCUGCACGCUGCACCCCGGCACGGCAGGCUGGAGCUGCAGGGCCUGGUGCUGCUGGAGGGCGACACGUUCACCCUGCAGGACCUAAGAGCGCUCCGACUCAGGUACAUCCAUGAUGACUCUGAAACAGUGGAGGACACCAUUGGGCUCACAGCCACAGAUGGCCUCAAUUCUGCACAUGGGGGUCUGUCUGUACAGAUCCAGCCUGUAAACGACGAGCCCCCUUUGCUGGGGGCUGGGCUGCGGAAGGGACUGACAUGCGAGGAGGGGGGGCGCGCGCAGGUGACAGCAGAGUACCUGUUCGCCACGGAUGCGGACAGCGAUGACGCCCGGCUCACCUACAUGCUGGCACGCACACCCACCUUCGGGGAACUGCAGAGGGGGCAGGUGGCUGUGGACAAGUUCUCUCAGCAGGACGUCCUUCAAGGACUCAUCUUCUACCUGCACACAGGUGGUGAGAUCGGACCCAGCCCUGUUAUGGAUACUGUCACUCUGAUAGUGUCAGAUGGAGAGGCAGGGACACUGGACAGCUGCUGCCAAGGAGACGCACCACCUGUCCCGCUGCAUGGCUCACUUCCUGUCUAUGACCUCAACAUCACCAUACUUCCUGUCAACAAUCAGCCCCCUGCCAUAAGCAUAGGGGACAUGUUUUCGGUGGAUGAGGGCUCCUCUGCCUGCUUGUGCGGGGGCAUGCUGGGGGCUUCCGACCCUGACACCAUUCCAGAUGACCUGAUCUUCUUCAUUGAGACCUCGCCGCAGCACGGCUUCCUGGAGAACACCUUGCCAACCCCCGGGUUUGAGAAGAGUAACGCAGGACUCAGCGUGGUCUCUUUCAGUCUGAGCCACCUCAAGUCUGGGUAUAUCAACUACGUCCAGUCUCAGCACCAGGGAGUGGAGCCGACUGUCGACCAGUUUGCGGUCAGCGUCAGCGACGGGGUGCACAAGUCCAUGCCUGCUCCCCUCUACGUCAUCAUCAACCCCACUAACGAUGAGGUUCCCUCACUGCUGCUCGGCAACUUCACCGUGAUGGAGGGAAGGAUGAAGGACUUGAGCCCGGACAUCCUGGACAUGGUGGACCUGGACGCGCCUCCGGACACCCUGACCCUGACGGUCCUCAUCCCCCCGACCCAUGGGACUCUGGUCAAUGCGGUCUAUGGGCUGGAGAUGGGCCGCUACAUCGACAUGGGCUACAAGCGCCUCCAGCAGAGUCUGCCGGUGCAGUCCUUCACCCUGCAGGAUCUGCGGCAAGGAAUGAAGAUCAUAUACAUGCACGAUGACACGGAAACCCUCAAGGACGCCUUCACCAUGCAGCUGACAGAUGGCAGGCACACAGUCCAGGGGACCGCGCGGGUCCGCAUCCUACCAGUCAAUGAUGAAAAACCGCGGCUGCUAAAAAAUGCGGGUCUGGAGGUGGAAGCGAUGGACAAGAGGGUCAUCUCCAGCGUGGUGUUGGAGGCGGAGGACCUGGACACCCCCAACAAUGAGCUCUACUACGUCCUCAGUGCUAUACCCAAGUUUGGGAAAUUGCAGCUGCGGACUGACGCAGGCUGGACUGUGCUGGGACCCAAUCAGAACUUUACACAGGAGGAUGUGGAGAUGAACCGCCUGUGGUACUUCCACACCACCCUGCCGGGGGUCAAAGGUCACGACAGCUUCCGUUUCUUCCUCAGCGACGUGGACAGCGAGUCUCCCUCCCAGAGCUUCUUCAUCUCACUUCGCACAGUCCAGAAGGGCGACAUUGUUCUUGUCACCAAGCCGGUGACUCUGAUGGAAGGGGAGCGGGUCAUCUUGACGACAGACACCCUGCUGGCCACAGACAGUGGAGGUCGGGCAGAGGAGCUCGUGUACACGGUGUCCAUUCCGCCGGCACACGGACACCUCCACAUGGUCCAGAACCCCGGCAUGCCUCUGCACACUUUCUCCCAGCUGGAUGUAGCAGCCAACCGUGUGUGCUACACCCACGACAACAGCCGCCUGGCUAGACAGGACUCCUUCAGCUUUGUUGUGAGCAAUGGUUUGUCGUCAAAAAGUGGCUCUGUGCUUUUCAACGUGGAACAUGGCGACCGCAUCCCACCGACACUGAGCAGCAAUAAAGGCCUCCGGCUGACAGAGGGCACUGUGAUGCCCAUCUCGCAGGACAUUUUGGAGCUGACUGACCCUGACACAGCGGCGAACAACCUGACCUACACCAUCACUCAGCCUCCCCAGUACGGCAGGCUGUUGCUGAGGGGACAGCCCCUAUCCAGACCCAGAUUCACUCAGGACGACAUCAACAACCUGGACCUGGCCUACCAACACCAGAGUGGCCCAGCCCAGAUUGACAGGUUCAGCUUCCUGCCAUCUGAUGGCACCAACAGAGGGUUUAUCCUUUAUGGACAGCUCCGGGAAGAACCUGUUGUCUUCACCAUACAGGUAGACCAUGUUGACAAGACGCCCCCGACCCUCAUGACCAAGAGAACCCCUAGCGCAGUGGAGAAUCUGCAGGGGGGCAAGCAGGCCAUCUACAUCACAUCCCGAGAUCUGCAGGCCUCUGACCCUGACAGCCCAAACCAAGAACUGGAGUUUAACAUCUUGCGACCACCACACUUCGGGCACCUGGAGAACGCCCUCACAGGUGGGUACAUCAAAGGGCGCUUCACUCAGAAGGACUUGGACCAGCGUGCGGUACGGUACAUUAUAGACCCAGACAUCGAGGUGACAGGAGACAGCUUUGAAUUCCGUGUCACUGACCCUGCGGGAAACACUAUGCUGCCUGAGGUUGAAUAUACUGCCCCCUGCAGGCUGGAGCUGAGAUGGUCUCGUGUGGAGCUGUCAGCGACUUGUUUCCGUGUGUGUGAGAAUGUUGGGACACUGCCGGUGCAGGUGAUGCGCACUGGCAACAGCAUAGACCCCGCCUAUGUUGGCAUCCAGGUGGAAGAAGACACAGCCAAAGUAGGGAAAGAUUUCACUCACAGCACAGCCGCUUUGAUCCAGUUUGAUCCUGGGGUCAAUGUGAAAAGCUGGAACAUCUAUUUGAAGGAUGAUGGGCUGGAAGAGAACCAUGAGAAGUUUCAGGUGGUUCUGAAAGCACAAAAGAACACAGUUUUGGGUCAGAGGCAACGAGCCACUGUGGAGAUUGUGGACCCUAGAGGAGGCAGUUGUGACCCGGAAGAGCUGCGACUCGAGGAGGGAGAAGAGCUGGCCCCAGAACUUCCCCUUCCCAGUAUGCGCAGAACACCUUCACAGACCCCAGACCCACAGACAGAGGGGCCCCUGGAAAAGCAGCCCCACCCUCCGCGGGGAGACGUCCCAAACCGCCACCUCUUUGUAGACAACGGUGAGGGGGAGCUGCAGGACCAGGCAGCCUGGGGCCAGCAGAGGAGACAGCUGACACUCCGGGGCAGCGGUGCGGCCAGGGUCCACUCAUCAGGCACUGAGAAGAAGAAUGAAGAAACAACCUGGACGUUCCAUGGCAUGAUUCCCCUGAGACUGGAGGAGAAGAGGCCUGUACACCCGGUUCCGGUGCCCCAAGUCCACACUGAAUUGGAAAUUACUCCUAUCUGGACAUGGUCAGGACACACACACCUUGAGGACAGAGGAGGAGAAGCCCCUCAGGGUGACUCCCCUUCCCCAUCUGUGUCCCACCAGGCAGGACGCAAGCGAAAGACUGGGAAGGCCACUGGUGGAGCCUGUCCCCCUGGCUGGGCCCCCCAUGGGAAGAAUUGCUACCUAUUGAGCCCUGGCACUGGCAGCUGGAGCAGUGCUCAACACGCCUGUUCAUUGCUUUUCAACAGUCACCUGACCAGCGUUCACUCAAAAAGUGAUAUGAAGUGGCUGUGGAAAUUUGCUGGGAAGCAGCCCUUCUGGAUUGGACUGACCGGCACAUCAGGACAGUGGGCUUGGACCAACGGCUAUCCACUGUCAUUCUCCAGACUCAAGGAAAGCAGCAGUUUGGACACACAGGCACAGGAUGGGUCGGGAUCCAGCUGUGUGUUGGUCCAAAGCCAAAGGCGAUGGACGCCAAGGAGCUGCACCACAGGAACAGAACACAGAUACAUCUGCUCUACGCCAGCUCAGAAUAUCUGAAGGAGAUACCAGGAUGCACAGCCUUCUUAACCACAGCAAAGAGAUCUGGAGCUUGGAUAACGCUCCA